CAAUUAAGAUUUUGAAAACUAGCCCAAGCCCAUCAUGAAAUCAAAAGCAGAAAAAUCCAGCUAUAAAUUCACUUCAAAACCCUAGUUAUACUUUUGUUCCCUUUCCACCUCUUCAGCAGCAGCAGCAGCAGCCUACAAGCAGGAGAGCAUCAAUGGGGAUCGAUCUGAAAGCAGGAGGUAAGAGCAAGAAGACCAAGCGUACAGCUCCUAAAUCCGAUGAUAUUUACCUUAAGCUUCUCGUCAAGCUAUACCGAUUUUUGGUAAGGAGAACCGGAAGCAAAUUCAAUGCAGUGAUUUUGAAGAGGCUAUUUAUGAGCAAGAUCAAUAAGGCACCGCUUUCUCUUUCUAGGCUUAUCACUUUCAUGAAAGGAAAGGAGAGUAAGACUGCAGUGGUUGUUGGAACAGUGACAGAUGAUAUUAGGGUUUAUGAAGUUCCUGCUUUGAAAGUAACAGCAUUGAAGUUUACAGAGACUGCACGAGCUAGGAUUGAGAAGGCCGGAGGAGAGUGUCUUACAUUUGACCAGCUUGCUAUGAGAGCUCCUUUGGGACAGAACACGGUUCUCUUAAGAGGUCCAAAGAAUGCUCGAGAAGCCGUGAAACACUUUGGCCCAGCUCCUGGUGUGCCUCACAGCCAUACCAAACCAUAUGUGCGAUCAAAGGGAAGGAAGUUUGAGAGAGCUAGAGGAAGGAGGAACAGCAGGGGUUUUAGGGUUUGAGUUGUUUUUGGUUUUGAGUUGUGAGACAGUUGUUUUACUUCUUAGUUUUGUAUCCCAAAUUUUGUUAGACUCUUACAAGGAAUUUGUUAUUCCCCCCUGGUUAUCGAUUAUUAGCAUGAAUUUGUUUUAUGUGGGCAAUCAUACUUCUCUGACACAUGGGUAUGCUUAAUGAAUUCUUGCCAUCUUUAAAUA